AGGACGGGGCGUCUAUAACGAGCGCAUCUCCGCGUUACGCUAGCAUCUUUGUUUACCGGCCAGGCGCGGCUAGCUGGUUCCUCUCCCCCUAACUCGCCUGUUUCGGUGGUUUGUGAGUGCUGCCGUGUAAUCACACAGGGCGUGUAGUUGUACUGUCUGGUUAGCGGUUAGUGAGCGGAAAAGAUGUCGGUUAAUGGACCUGGACCUGGAGAAGACUCCACAGACGCAAGGCGAGACGAUGGACAACAGUCAGAGGGGUCUUCAGUUUUUGCCCUGGACGCGGGGGCCAAGCCUCACUCCCACAGCUUCAGAUAUAGCCUCAGUUUCCCCAGCAUCGGCCAGUGCAUCAUUAUCAACAAUAAGAACUUUGAGAAAAGAACAGGUAUGAAUCAGCGAAAUGGUACAGACGUAGAUGCAGCCAACGUGAUGAAAGUGUUUACCAAGUUGGGUUAUAAAGUGAAGGUCUACAACGACCAGACAGUCGAGCAGAUGAAACAGGUUUUAACUUUGGUGUCAAAGGAAGAUCACAGCUGCUCUGCCUCAUUUGUCUGUGUUCUGUUGAGUCACGGAGAUGAGGGUGUGUUCUUUGGUACAGAUAGCUCAAUAGAGCUUAAGUACCUCACAUCACUUUUUCGAGGUGACCGCUGCAAAUCUCUGGUUGGAAAGCCCAAACUCUUCUUCAUCCAGGCUUGCAGAGGCACUGAUCUGGAUGCAGGCAUUGAACCCGACAGCAGACAAGAGGACACUCCCAAGAUCCCCGUGGAAGCUGACUUCCUCUACGCCUUUUCCACAGCCCCAGGCUACUACUCAUGGAGGAAUACUAUGACCGGGUCCUGGUUCAUCCAGUCGCUCUGCGAUAUGAUAGGCAAAUAUGGAAAAGAAUUGGAGCUCCUGCACAUCAUGACACGAGUUAACCACAAGGUGGCAGUAGAGUUUGAGUCUGUCUCCAACUCGCCAGGUUUUCAUGCAAAGAAACAAAUCCCAUGCAUCGUGUCAAUGCUGACCAAAGAGAUGUAUUUUUCUCCUUGAUGUCAUCUCCACAUCAGAAGACUUCAGCCCGGCAGAGCUUCAGCUGCGAAAGAAAGGCCUGAGGAUGUGUAUGGGAGGGCCGUGUUUGUGAAUUAUUUUAGUUUACACUUUCAAACUGAAUAUAUCUUGAAUCAUAACCUUACAUAUUUCUGGGAGAGGAAUUGUGAUGCAAAUUCCUAUUACAUUUCACAAGCUUGGGAUUAUAAGGUUCUUUAUGUGUGAGCUACUGUUCUGAGAUAUAAGGCUGUCAAAUUUUUAUCCCAGCAGCAUUUCUUUUUACGCAUUUAACCUGGAAAAGUUAUUUUUAAAAACAUUGUCAAAAUAAAACAAAAACAUUUAAACUUUGAAAAUCAUGAAAAUCUGCAGAUAAAAAAUGUAAUUUACCUUAUAAUUCCAAAACUCACAGUUUGUUACCAGUAGAUGCCUCUUUGCUGUACACAACACACACAUUUCAGGGAAAAAUACUGGGAGCCAGUUUGAAAUCAAGUGUUAGAUUGUGUAUCUGUUUAAUCAUGAAACCAUAGAAGGGCUUAUUGCCCUACAGCAGGAGCAUACUUGUGAAUCAGCCGUGUAACUCGAGUCUAAGCAAGAUCUGUUUUGUCUGUCAUUAAGGGAUCAUGUGUGUAAUUUCUGUGCCUUUGUUUUCUGUUGUUAUUAUUUUUUACACUGAUGAGUCAUUGUAGACAUCUGCUGUCAGUCAGUGAAUUUGUACCUGAAGAUUUGGCUGGAGCCUAAAUGAAUGCAUCACUUACACUCAGUAGGUAAAUCAGCUAAUAAUGUUAUGUAGCAUGUGCAGGAGCACCCAGUAAGCUAUCGUGUGUUUUGUUAGUUUUAAGGCUAAGAAUUAAAUUCUUGAUGUUUUUCAUA